GAGAAGAGAAACGGCAAAAGCAACGCCUUCCCCGUGCCUGCCAUGGCACUAUGGCAGGCGCCGGGCACGAGUGAGCUUCUGACCCCGUCUCCGGUCGUCGGCAGACCGGCGGGCGCACGGCGUUAGUAGUAGGCCCCGAAAAAUUUUACCACUGCUGUGCUGGAAGAAAAUGGAUGUCGUCCUAAUCCAACCCCGGAAUCCCGCCCUGCUAUAUAUACAACCGCAAGCGCGCAGCUCGCUUCUCGCGUUCCGUUCCCGGCCCCUUCCCCGCCACAGACAAAAACCCAGCGAGCCGCGCGCCUCCCUCCGCACCAACCCCGCCGGCAUGGCCUGCUCCCACCUCGCCGCCGCCUCGUCGCCGUCGGCCGCCGCCGCCGCGCUGCGUGCUCGGGCGACCUCCCCCGCCGCCGGCUUCGCGCGGCUUCCGGCCACCCUCCAUCCGGAGAGCGGCGGGUUGGCCCUCAGGGGCAGGAGGGCGGUCACGCCGGUGGUCGCCGCCGCCGGGCCUGCCGCCGCGGCGCCUGUGGCCGACCGUGACGGAACCCCGGCCGCGGUGAAGCAGCCUAUCAUCGUCAUCGACAACUAUGAUAGCUUUACCUACAACCUGUGCCAGUAUAUGGGGGAGCUUGGGUUAAAUUUUGAGGUGUACCGUAAUGAUGAACUUACCAUAGAGGAGGUAAAGAGGAUGAACCCACGAGGAAUACUUAUUUCUCCAGGGCCUGGUGAACCGCAAGAUUCAGGUAUAUCAUUGCAGACUGUCCUGGAACUCGGGCCAACUAUCCCAAUAUUCGGAGUUUGCAUGGGUCUGCAGUGCAUUGGGGAGGCUUUUGGAGGGAAGAUUAUCCGCGUUCCUUCUGGUGUAAUGCAUGGAAAAAGCUCUCCAGUUUACUAUGAUGAAGUUCUAGGAAAGUCCAUAUUCGAGGGCUUGUCAAACCCUUUUACCGCCGCAAGAUAUCAUAGCUUGGUCAUUGAGGAGGAAAGCUUCCCACAUGAUGAGCUGGAAGUUACGGCAUGGACUGAAGAUGGACUUGUCAUGGCUGCUCGCCAUAAGAAGUACACACAUAUCCAGGGGGUCCAGUUCCACCCAGAGAGUAUUAUCACACCUGAAGGCAAGAGGAUCAUCCUCAACUUUGCGAGAUACGUCGAGGAGUUCGAGAAGCAGACCUCCCAGGGGAAGUAGUGGAUUCAAUUCAGGAAGCAGAGCAGUUAGAGGAAGUAGAGGCUAUUGUUGAGAGAUCAGGCAGGUAGGAAAGGGCCUAAAAGCAAAGCAGAUUCAGAGGAAAGGAAUAAGGGCAAAGAGCUUUCCGUUGCCAUACGUUUGGUUCAUUGUAGUAUAAUCAUUGUGGAUCGAGAUCCCGUAUGAACUUCAUUCGGUCAAAAUUAUGUGGGUCGUGGUGCUCUUUCUCAAGUAAUAAAUGGGUAAAUCGAUGGAAA